GAAGCAUCUAAAAUCAGAGAUAAAAUCUAUUACUUCUCAAGAGCAGAUUAUGGCUUCAUCAAAGACUUUGUUUCUUUUUUUCUGUCUUCUCUUUGCACUCGUUCUUAUACUGUCCUCUGAAGUUGAAGCUGAUCAUACAAAUGAAAGAAAUGGCGUAGAGGAGGGCAAGUAUGGAGGAUACCCAGGAGGAGGGUACAAUCAUGGAGGGCGUGGAGGGUACAGGGGUUACCCACCAAGAAGAGGAUAUUGCGACAACGGAUGCUGCCGUGGAUACCGCUAUUCAAAUGAGUGCCAUAGGUGCUGCGCACACGCUAAGGAGGCUCCAGAUGCGGAGUUUGAGGACGAUGUGAAGAACUAAAAUAAGUUUCGGCCGUUUAUCCAUACCAACUUCUAUAUUAAGUUCUUUUUCUUGAGCUUAUUCAAAUAAAGUCAGUACGUGCAUGUGUUGGUGCUACAGAGACAAUCUAUCAUGGCUAUUUAUGUAAUCGUUAGAUAAACAAUCUAUCAAGGUUUUUAUUUUAUCAUUAAUAAAAGGACAAUUUCUAUUAAACACA